AUGGCCGCACAGUUUCGUUCAAAUUUAUGGGAUCCUGUGUUAAUAGUAAGCCAAAUAAUCGCAAUACAGUGUACAUAUUAUGUUGGUCUUGGCGUAUGGAUAUUAAUAUUUGAUUUUUGGAUGGGAUCGGUUCACUCGCUACAUCAGAUCUUUUCUGAUAAGGUCAGAAAUGUAUAUUUGCCAAGUCACAUUUUGCUGGCAGGCAAACGUUUUUGAAACGCUACUUUGAGAGCUUCUUUGUUGUGGUAUUAGGAGAACAAUUUUGACGAAGAAGAUGUUUUAUAGAAGUUUUCUACAAUCAGAAUUUGCCUGCCAUCAAAACGUGUUAAGUCAAUGCGUGACAUAAUCUGUGACAAUGCGUCUACAUGUGUCAGCAUAUUUGAUUGAGUCUCAAUGUUUUUUGUAUAAAUGGCUUUAAGUUGUAUUUCUUUAGGCAGUAGAUUAUUCAACUACUAGAGGACGACUUGGUGCUAUAGCUUUUAUACUUAAUUCUUUAUUUUGGUGAGUAUUAAUUAUAUCAAUGGGCUGAUGAAUAUAUGGUAGAGAGAGACGAUAUGUCUGGACGAAUUUGGGCAAAGAAGUUAAGAUAGUUCAUCUGAUCAUUCACCUGUCUAUAAACACAGUUUACAAAUGGGUUAUCUAGUUCAAAUACACAGACAAACUUGCAUGUGUAGUUUUUCUUGAUGGAUUUUCCAUCUUUGUGUUUAAUUUUAUUAAAAUUAACACAAUAUGAGAUGAACCAUCCAGAAAGAUAGCCAUUUACUUAUAGAUAGCCAUUGCUUGAUUUAGGGAUCAGAGCCAAAAAGAAGAUUGAACUUUAUAAUGGUGGGAUAAAUGUUUCAUGCCCUAAAGAGAUGUUUGUGAAACACCUGUGUUUAUGUUAAUAAAAAUAUAUCAAAAACAUCAGUCAUUAAUUGUUUGGAAAAUAAUAACAAAAUAUUCUUGUUAACUUAAGAACAUAUAUUUUUGAUUUCCUGCAGUGCUAUUGGACUCUGGUACAUUGUUGGUAGAGCAAAACAGGUUUGUCUUGCUUAUCAAGUUUAUACUUCAUACUUAUGUAAAGUUAGUUAAGUGUAGCAUUGGCAUAGCAAGCGAAACAGUGUAUAGUAUGACAUAGAAAUAUGACAUAGUCAAGGUAUUGUUGGGUGCUGUGAAUGCUGUAGGCAUGAGCCUGCUAGGGGGGUCUGAGAGCAUGCUCCCCAGAGAAGUUUUUACAUCUCAGGCCUCUUAGAGCCCUGGAAAUGCAAUAAAAUUUCCUAGCUAAAUGAAAAAUUGUCCAUAAGAAUUUCUUAGAAAAACAAUAAACAAGGUGUUGUUUAUUAGAGUUGUGACAAAUUUGCUGUAUAAGUUAGACAUUAUAUUGUGCACACAUCCCUGCCCCCCCCCCCCAUUGUCAACAGAUUUAAGCAUCUUUCCUUUAUAAGGUGGUCCUAAAUGAGACUGGGGGUGGGGGAUUCAUCCUGCCUAGUCCCCCCUCUUGGAUAUGCCACUGAAGUGUUGUAGCUUGAAUUCAACCCAAGUUUGUUAUAUUGAUUUUCAGUGUCUUGACUUUGCGGCAACAGCAACAACAAUUCAUUUGGUUUUCUGUAUGUUAUAUCUACAUCAUAUCCCUGGCAGUUGGACGUGGUGGAUUGUGAAUAUUGUGUGUAUUGCUAUUACAUCAGUUUUAGGGGAAUUUGCAUGCAUGAAAACAGAAAUGAAAGCGAUACCCAUAACGACUUCAACUGGCAAAUCAAAUAUUUGA